AUGAAUGGUACGGAAGGAGAAAAUUUUUACAUCCCAUUAUCUAACAAGACUGGGGUAGUUCGUAGUCCUUAUGAAUACCCUCAGUAUUAUCUGGCUGAACCCUGGAAAUUCUCCAUCAUUGCUGCCUACAUGUUUUUACUGAUAGGCAUCGGACUACCAAUAAAUGGUUUGACGCUGGUGGUCACUUUCAAACACAAGAAAUUAAGGCAUCCCCUUAAUUAUAUUUUAGUGAACCUUUCGGUGGCCAAUUUGUUCAUGGUUCUCGUUGGGUUUAUUGUGACUUUUUACACAGCCAUACAUGGUUACUUUGUCAUGGGACCCUCUGGCUGUGCAGUAGAAGGCUUCUUUGCAACUCUUGGUGGCCAAGUCGCCCUUUGGUCCUUGGUAGUUUUGGCUAUAGAACGGUACAUAGUGGUGUGCAAACCUAUGGGGAAUUUCAGGUUUGGAAAUAACCAUGCUCUGAUAGGGAUUGUAAUCACUUGGAUCCUGGGUCUAGCUGCUGCUGGUCCUCCUCUGGUUGGUUGGUCCAGGUACAUUCCAGAAGGAUAUCAAUGCUCAUGCGGUCCAGAUUACUACACCAGGAAUCCACAUUACAACAAUGAAUCUUAUGUAAUAUAUCUGUUUGUCCUUUAUUUUAUGGUUCCCAUUACCCUCAUAUUCUUUUCUUACGGAAAUUUGAUAUGUAAAGUAAAGGAGGCUGCAGCACAGCAACAGGAAUCUGCCACUACACAGAAAGCUGAGAAGGAAGUCACCCGCAUGGUGAUCUUAAUGGUCGUUGGUUUUCUUACUGCCUGGUUACCAUAUGCCUCAGUAGCAGCCUGGAUCUUCAUGAAUCAGGGAGCAGAGUUUUCUGCUGGAUUUAUGACUGUUCCUGCAUUCUUCUCCAAAAGUUCAGUAGUUUAUAAUCCAGUCAUCUACGUGUUAAUGAACAAGCAGUUCCGGAGUUGUAUGAUCACCACCCUAUGCUGUGGAAAAAAUCCAUUGGGAGAUGAUGAGUCUACAGUGUCAUCUCAAAGCAAGACAGAGGUUUCUUCGGUGUCAUCAAAUCAGGUUACCCCAGCAUAAAGACAAAAUUUAUCAUGUUAAUUUUCAAACAACUGUUGGUACAUUUAUUCAAAAACAAUUUGGCAUCUUCCUUUGUUUUCCUUUAACUUUUCGAACAAACUGAAGCAGUGAGUGAAUUUUAUUAAUUCACAAUAUUUCAAUCAGAAUCAUAAAGAACAACGUUCCCUCUUUUUUUAAACAGCUGCACAGGCCAACCUUUGCUCUGAGCAGGAAAUGUUCCCAUGGGCUGAAAACUACAUGGCUCUUUAUAUUAACAUUAUACAAAAGAAAGUUCCAGCAGCACGGCAACAAAGGCUAUGUGCACAGGAGCAUUUCGGUUACUGCGCGGCUGCAGGGAACGGUAAUCACUCGUGAUUAUGGGCAUGGCAGCAUAGUAUUUCUAUAAUUGGCAUAGUAAUUCAACAGUCAGUUAGAUCUAACAUUAGCAAGAUGUGAAAGUACAUUAAAUAAAACUGGCUAUUAGCAAACUGACCUAGAAAGCUAAUCGAUUGUCAGUUAAAACACAUCUGGCUCCCUAACAUUUUCUAAGAAGUCAGACUUGCCAUUUCUACACAAUCUUGUUUACCGGCAUCCAGUUCUAUGCAAUGUGAUUGAUUAUUAAUGCCCCCUGAUGCCAUUUAAAACAAAAUCUAUCAAUAACUUCAGACUUUAUAGUAAUAACUAGUCUGGAGAAUAACU